AGGGCUGCCAUUGACCUCAACUAACGCCAGAGGCUUCUGACUGCAGCCGAGCUCUGGUGGAGAGGCCGAUGCCGGCCUGAGAGUGGGAAGCGUGGGGCUGGGAGCCAGGGGCUUCCGCGCGGCGUGGCGUGGCCCUCUCAGGGCCGUUACGCGAUUUUCGCUCCCGCGGACAGCGCCUCUCAGACCACCCCCGAGGGACCCCGAGGACGCACUCGGGCCCCAGCGCGACGGUUCAAACGGGCCCGUGUGCGCCCCCGGGGUCCGACGGCCCCUGCAGCGCUACCUGGGCGCAGAGCCGCGGAGGGUCUCCGUUCCUAGACGUCCUCCUACCCCGGGCGGCCUGAGUCCUCGCCAGCAUCCGCCCUCUCCCACCUCCCAUCCUUCCUGGAGCCGCCUCUCGGUUCCCGAGGGACAGUCCCGACCGCAAACCCACGUAGAGUAAGGAAUGUGGAAGGAACAGGCAACAGAAGUGGCAUACGCUCCUGCGUUAUCCCUCCGUCUCGCCACACCUUGUGCCUCCAUCUCUCCCCGUUUCCUUCCCUCUGUCUGUCAUCUGUCAUCCCCUGUCGCUCUAAGACCAGGAUUCCAGUUCGCCUAGUGAGGAAUCUCACUAGGGGAAUUUAUCGCAGCAUCAUAAAUUAACGGGUUCAUUUUGACUGAAAAAGCGAAGGAGUUUUUUCAGGCAGAAGACAAGUCUCGUCUGGUCGCGUCUCGUCUAUUUAUUGUCGCGGGGAAGCGGCGGCCGCCUCGCACCCGGAACAACAAAGCAAGGAAGACGGAGUCCGAGCCUCGGGGGCUCCUAGCAACGGGCCGGGGCGGGAGUUCCAUGGAGACUGGGGAGCGCGCCCGUCUCAUCCUCAUCCUUGUCCUCCAGCUUCUCCUUCGCAUCCGACGCAACCGGCAGCAGCGCUGCCGCCGCGUCCUCAGCCACCGCUCCCUCUUCCCACGGAUGUGAUCUUCGUGGUGGAAAGCUAAAUUUUAAAACCACCCCAAUGGAUGCAGACAGUGAUGUUGCAUUGGACAUUCUAAUUACAAAUGUAGUCUGUGUUUUUAGAACAAGAUGCCAUUUAAACUUAAGGAAGAUUGCUUUGGAAGGAGCAAAUGUAAUUUAUAAACGUGAUGUUGGAAAAGUAUUAAUGAAGCUUAGAAAACCUAGAAUUACAGCUACAAUUUGGUCCUCAGGAAAAAUUAUUUGCACUGGAGCAACAAGUGAAGAAGAAGCUAAAUUUGGUGCCAGACGCUUAGCCCGCAGUCUGCAGAAACUAGGUUUUCAGGUAAUAUUUACAGAUUUUAAGGUUGUUAAUGUUCUGGCAGUGUGUAACAUGCCAUUUGAAAUCCGUUUGCCAGAAUUCACAAAGAACAAUAGACCUCAUGCCAGUUAUGAACCUGAACUUCAUCCUGCUGUGUGCUAUCGGAUAAAAUCUCUAAGAGCUACGUUACAGAUUUUUUCGACAGGAAGUAUCACAGUAACAGGGCCCAAUGUAAAGGCUGUUGCUACUGCUGUGGAACAGAUUUACCCAUUUGUGUUUGAAAGCAGGAAAGAAAUUUUAUAAUUCACCACUUAAUUGGUUAGAAUCUCUAACUGAGCACCUUUUAAACCUGCUGCACAUUGGACUCAAAAGGAAAACUGGACCAACAGUAAUCGAGGAGAUAGACUCUUUUAUUCAUUCACGGCUACAGUGUAAGCUCCAGUCCCUUUGGAUUUUAUUCCAAACCUUGCUGUAAUAUAAAAGGAAGUUUACAAGACAUGACAUUGCUGCUUUUACAAAAGGACAUUCUAUUUAUUUUCGCAGUAAUUCUCAUGUCCCCGUAAGCAGAGCUGUCACAGUGUGCACUACCUUAGAUUGUUUUAUUGUUGUCAUUGUUAUUUUUUUCCAUUUUGAGCUAAUGUGUUUUAUUUGUGAAUAGUCUUUUACAUUUUUGUAUGCUGAAUAUGGGCACCAAAGAACCUGUAAAAGUUAUCUUUUUCAAUUGAAUGUGCACAAAUAAAAGUUUGGAAAAGAUCUCUCUUCAUAUCCAUUCUGUAACUUUUAUUCCCCAUUUUCUAUUUUAACAAAAAUUGUAUUCAUACUUUUUUUUAAAAUCUAUGCAAGCUUAAGACUUUG